AUAUUAGUUUAGAUUCGACAAGCAUCUUAUAAGCAUCGUUCUAUCACGGUAAUGGGUCCGGGUCAAUUUCAUUGAACUGUGUUAUUGUUUUAUUUUUUUGUAUUUUGAAUAUUUUCCACGAUUAUUUAAAAUAAGUUUAAAAGCGAUGCAAACUGACUUAUUUAAUAGAUUUGAUUCGGGUGAACUUUUAAAUAUAAAAAAUAAAUAAAAAGCAAUUGCAUGGUUUGCAUAAAGUCGAAAAAUCCUUUAUUGGAUGAUAUGAAUCUGUAAAUGUGUUGGACAGUGCAUUGUUUACAUAAAUAACUAGUGUGUCCUUGCCAGCGUUGCCGUUUCGUUAUAUUUCGUUUAUGUUGCACAUUUCAAUCAUUGAAAGGUGCUUACUUAAAUGAACAAAAUUAUUUAAUAAUUUUUUUUUUUCAAUUCUCAAGACGAAAUACAGUUAGCUAAUUUCAUCUGUUUAUUGAAAAUGAUAUUAAUUUAAAAAUACAAUUAUUAAAUUUGUAGUUAAAAGCUCUACUCCUAUAUCUACAGGUGAGAAAUAAAAAACGUUUCGUCCCGUUUCUGCUUGAUCCCCAUUAUCUAACCAACGAAGUUCAUUUAAAACCAUUAAAAUACAAAAUUACUAAAUAAAAAUGUAUGGAUUCCGGAUAUCAACUCUAAUAGUAGCAUUAGAGAUGUAGUUUAUUGGAAUUAACAAUAUCAAUUAGUAUUCCUAUUUUAUCAAUUUCAAUGCGAAAUGGAUGCGAACACAACAAAAUCCGGAGUUUCAGAGGUGGAAACUUCACAACCUUUAUCGGCAGUUAUAAAAUCAAUUCGUUCGGUUAUUGAACAGGAAUUGAUGGCUUUUAAGGAAACAAAACCUCCACACAAUAUUUCACAUCAUGAAGUAGGUUGGACGUUGAGUGUGAACGCGUCCAACUGCUCAAGUAUUACAUAUUCUAGUACAUCACCAGCCAUAUCAAAUGAGAGCAGCUGUUUAGUAACCUUUGGUGAAUGGGAAUUUAGUCAGCAGCUGUGGAAAAAUGGAAAUUAUUGCAAAUGGACAUGGGAUCAAUUUUUAUGCUGGCCACCAACUCCUACCGGUGUGUUAGCACGAAUGCGAUGCCCUGCUGUUGGGCACGGAAUCGAUGUUUCAAAAUUCGCAGAGCGGUUAUGCCUUAAUAAUGGAUUAUGGGGCAAUAAGCCUCAAGAUACCACUUUCAAUCCCCAUGGUUGGACAAACUAUACGCCUUGUUUUAAACCUGAUAUCAUAGAUUUGAUGCAACAGCUUUAUUCUGGAGGGAAUUCCGAAGUCAUUCAGAAUAAGUUUGUUGUAGCGGAAAGAACACGAACAUUGGAGAUAAUUGGCCUUAUGUUGUCGCUUUGUGCGCUUCUUUUGUCAUUAUUAAUAUUUUGCAAUUUUCGUAGUUUACGAAAUAAUCGAACAAAAAUCCACAAGAAUUUGUUUGUGGCAAUGGUUAUACAAGUGAUAAUAAGACUGACGUUAUAUUUGGAUCAAGCCAUUAUAAGAGGCGGUCGAACUUUAAAGGGAAAUUCUAGUCUGAAUGGAAUUGAAAAUACGCCAUACAUCUGCGAGGCAUCUUACGUUUUGCUUGAAUAUGCACGCACUGCAAUGUUUAUGUGGAUGUUCAUUGAAGGAUUAUACUUGCAUAACGUGGUAACUGCAACUGUGUUGCAAGGACGCUUUCCACAGACCAUUUAUGCCAUUAUUGGUUGGGGUACCGCAGUCGUUAUGACUGCUCUUUGGGCGGUUGUCACGGCCCAUUACAAAUCCAAUGAGCCAUGUUGGUGGAAUUACAAUCUAACACCCUAUUAUUGGAUUUUGGAAGGACCAAGACUUACAGUUAUAAUGUUUAAUUUUUUCUUUUUGCUAAACAUAAUUCGUGUGCUUGUGGUAAAGCUGCGUGAGAGUCAUACAAGUGACCUUGAGCAGGUACGAAAAGCGGUACGAGCGGCAGCCGUUUUACUGCCAUUAUUGGGGAUAACUAAUGUCUUGCACAUCAUUCAAGCACCAAUUAACAGAAGUGCGUGGGAAUUUGCACUAUGGUCGUAUGUUACACACUUUUUGACGUCAUUUCAAGGAUUUUUUAUUGCUACAAUUUACUGCUUUCUGAAUGGAGAGGUUCGAACAGCUUUAUUCAAAAGCAUAACAGUUUAUAUGUCGUCUCGUGGCCAUCCUGAUUGGGCACCACGACGUGGAUCAAUGUUUUCAGCAGGAUACAAUACUGCUCCCGCUUCCGAGGGACAUAUUCACACAUCAUCAAGAUAUAACUUUUUACACCAACACAGCACUGAUAAUAAGAACACCGGAGAACAAAGCAGAAACCAUCAUAUCAAUUCAUCACCACAUAGUUCACCCAUCAUAAUACAACAAGCCCAAAUUCGUAAUCGAAACCACCGCCAUCAAAAAAACAAUUGGAUAUUAUCGUGGUGCUGUCGAAAGAAGAAAAUUAUUGCACCACAAGAAACGGCAGUUAUACCCGAAUCAGCGAUAUUUGAACUGUCAGAGCAAUAAAGAUAACUCUAAUAUCCUUUUUUUUCUAUUUUAUAGCAAAACUUGUAAAAAAAUCUAUAAUAGUCGUUUUCCUUUUGGAUCCAACAAAUACUUACAUAUAUGUUUUUUAGAUUUUUUAUAAAUUGAAUGUACCUAGAAAGAGCAAAUAAACAAGAUAUGUAUUAUUAUGUUAUUAAUUUGAAAUAAAUUUACAAACGUUAACAUUAAGCAACAAUAUAUUUUUAU